AUGGACCUCGAUGUCCCUAGCAAACGGGUACUCACAGAUGAGAUUCGCGAUGCUAGUCAAGUUUCGGAUAAUUUCGCGCGAUCAGCAUCGUCUGGUACUCCGGAAGAUCUUAUACAGCGCCUACGCAAUGCUGGUGCUCGGGGGCGAAAGAGCGUUCUGGAAGGCUACAAGACAACACCUUCCACCUUCUCCAAAGCACAAUCCACAGGCUCAAUAUUCACGUCCAUGAAUGAUACUCUGCACAAAAUUUACUCAAAUCGUGACUCUUUGCCUUCUCUUCCAAGUAACGACCAAGUCUCGCGCAAGAGAGCUCGCUCGGUCAUGGAACAUGAUGUAGAAAUUGCCACUCCUGAGGGAUCCGAGGCGUACCCCGCAUUCGGACAACCGGUUACCUUUAGACCUGUUAAAUCCCUACCAAACUCUCGGCGGUCACUGCACACGACACACUCUCUGCCCACUAGCAGCUUUACCCUUGGAGGAAAUGGCCAAACCUCGCAAACACAGUCUUUCCCGCAGUCAUCCAACGAAGAAGAAGACUGGAGCCAGGACACUACUUUUCAAUCUUCAGAACAGAAGUUUGAGCCUAUGGUUUUAUAA